UUUGUCAAGAAAGAACUGGAUAUAUAGGAGACACAGAAGGCCAGAGGUUACUGUCAAGUCUUGUUAGUCCCAGUGAGCUGCUUGUCUCAAACCAUAGCUACUGAGAAGUACAGGGUGCUGCUUUUCAGUUCACAGCCAUGGCUCUUGGACUCCUUUUGAGGAUUUCCUGGAUGUGUUUUUUGCUGUUUGAUGGGAGCACUGGAUUACCAACUUUAAAAGGGUAUGGAUAUCCAUACAAGAAUGACCCUCAUAACAUCGGUGAUGAUUCAAAAGAUGAAGCAUUGACCUCUGAUCUGAGGAACUGGCAGCCUUCAAAUAACCAACCGUCUUUCCCCGUGCACACAAGCUUCAGCAAACCUUCAGAUGCACAAUGGCCAGGUUCAGCCUCAGCUCAGCAAAACCUGCCCAACAGACCCAGUGCUCCUGAGGUGGAGAGGCUUACUAAUGGUGGCACAAGAGACUGGGGCAUGGAAAACCCUGAAAAACCACUUGUGUUUCCGUUAAGCCCAAACUACCAGCCGAGUGAUCCAGCAAAGCCCCAGCCAGGCCCUGUCCAACCUCAUCCAGCAAUCCCCCAGCCAGGCCCUGUCCAACCUCAUCCAGCAAUCCCCCAGCCAGGCCCUGCCCAACCUCAAUCAAUGUCACUUAGUGUUGCCUCUGCAAACCGCAUGCCUGCCUCUCCAGCUGGUGGCUCCACUUCGCCUGCCCUGUCCUCCCCCUCUCAGGCUGCACAGUCUCCCGGUUUUGAUUCUUGGAAGCCUAGGCCAGUUAGCACUGGUUAUGAUGUGUAUGAAAAUCCAAACCAGGACUUCACCUCUGGCUCCAGUCACCCUCAUCUUGUCUACGAAGAAGUCUUUCAAUAUCCAUCUGAGAACACUGGGCCUUCUUCCAGCACUGCAGGAGGGUAUAGCCAAGCUAAUUACAUGAGCGGGGGAUCUGCCUCCACACAAGGGGAACCCUCAUUCCCCCGUUACCCAACUAAUGUAGGCACCAAGCCAGUCUUUCCAUCUGGUCUACACUUCGGGUUCGGUAAAACAGGCUUCCGGCUACGUGAUAGGAUUUCUCAGCUUAGGCAAAAGGCAUUCAACGCCCCAAAAGCUGUGGUUCCCCAGCGAGUGAGUGAACCAAUCCCUCCUCCCCCGCCUCCUCCAAGCUAUAUCAUCCAGUCCAGAAACGGCUACCAGCGAGCCAUGCAUCUCUUGAGCCACUCAAAGUACUCCCCAGAAUUUCCCUCUCCAAUGCCUGUGCGCUCACAGGGCGUCAAGGGUCAACCAGCUGCUCCCAAAGGUGUAAAGAACCCUCAAAGCACCAAAUGGUAACCACCAUGGAUAUCCCUGUGUCCAAGCUGCAGAAUGAUGUGCCCUUUGAAGAAAUAAAACUUUUUUUUAAAAUUCAA